GUUUGUUGGUUUUGCUGCUGAUUGUCCAUAUACUGUCUGAUAGGUAGACUUAACAAAAGAGCUCAAGGGAAGUGUGAAAAUCCAAGUGAAGACUGUGAAAAUGCUAAUUUAAGUGCGUGUUUGCUUUCCGUUAUCACUUGAGUUGGAUAAGGUACGCAAUAUUAUAAGCAGAUAGGGCGCUUUAUAGGGCAACCGCGGUCGUAUUCGAAUUGGCUGAGUGGUCAGCCGUUUGUUUACGCUACCCAAAUUCUUUGUCAAUCGCGCAAUCAUGUUAUACAGCACCGUUGAUGUGCCUGUAUUUAUCUCUUGUAGAUAUAUUACUGACUCAUACACUAAUACUCGAAAUACUUAGUCAGUAGAUAAAAUUUUAAUUACUUCGAUAGUAAAUGCCGCACUAUGAAUGGAAAUUACAGUGCGGAGUAACAGAAUUUUUUUUAGAGUGAACUGCGGCAAUUCGAAUGUUACUGCCCAAUAAACAUUUAGAAUACGACUAGGAAAUAACAUGUGGACAAACAAAAUAAAUACAAAAAUCCUGAACUAGUGCAGACGUUGCUGUAACUACUGUGCAACGCUCAUAAUAGUUGCGGUCCAUUCGAACCAAUUAAAUUAAUAUGCUAUAUUAUAACGCUGAAUUUUUAGGUUGCGAUACUAAAGAUAGCUCAGCGUUUAUUAUUUUUUCAUUUGAUAAUGACGUUGAAGGCUAGACAUAAGAAUAAAUAACAAUACAUUUCUUAAAAAUAUGUAAAUUCAGUAAUGUUACAUGACAUAAUCGUAUUUGAUACUAACAGUUCAAGAGAUUGUUGAUCGUUAACACGAUUCGUAUUUAACGAGAAUCAACACUGGUCGACGACACGUAUUUAACACUUCGAAACAUAUAUAUAUAUAUAUAUAUAUAUAUACAUUUUUUGUUCAAUUAUCUACCUAAUAUAUGAUUUUCUUGAUGAUCUUGUAGGGAUAUGUGAUAUGAUCGAGUUUGUCGUAGAAGCAUAAUUUUUGUCAUUAUCUUAAUUAAGUAUUGGCUAGCUAGACAUCUCAUUGAAUUCUUAACCAUGAUUCUAAGCAAAUAUUAUCGAUAAAUGAGUUUUAACGCUGUUUGAGGAUUGUUUACUUGAAUAAGAAGUUUUGAGUUAACUUAUUUUAUAUUUACAAGCCUCCCAAUUUACCUACAAUAAGGCACAGAGCAGACUUCUCAGUUUCAAUACAGCAGAUUUAAAAAUGUUUAUAUAGCUUUUGUCCGUUUGUAUUUUCCUUUUAUUUGUACGAAUAAUAGUUUUCUAACUGUAAACACAAUAAAAAUGGAGAGCAGACUAGCAGGUUGUGUUAGCGCUUUAUUAUUAUUGCAGCUUGAAGAACACGCACAGACAACCCUUAAUUUAUCUUUUUAUUUCAAAUAUGUGUUUCAGAAAAGCUUGCUAUGCAAUUCCCAACUACCUAUAGGUUUUAGCAUUUUCGGUAUACAAAUAAUUAUAGUCAUGAAUCAAUAGUAAAGUAGAUGAUGCAAUUGAGUUAUAUGACUGUAAAUAGUUAUUUUUAGUGUUUUUUUUUACCUGCAUUACCUUUCAGUAUUUAGGGAGUGCGCACACUACCUAAAUUAAUCUGGGUACUCUGCUUAAUUUAAACCUUUAAUAUUUUAGUGCUGCCUAAGCUAAGGUAGAGGUUGUUUAAAUUCAGCCAAUAGUUAAUUGUUUAAUGAUCUUAUCUUUUAGUUCAUCUCUUGUAAUAACUGAGAUGCAUGUAUCAUCAGCAAAUCGCACAAUUCCAAUACCUGUCCAAAACUCGUGAAGGUUAUUUAUAUAUUGAGGAAAAUAAGUUUUCAGGCGAAUCCUGCGGGAUUUCGUAUUCAUCAUUUUGACAGGAACUGAUCUCGCUAGAAUCUUUUGCAAUUUGUUCUUUGCCUGUAAUAGUUACGACUGAAUUAUAAUAUUGGCCGAAAAGCAGUAGUUUGUUGAUCAGUUGCCUUCUGGUAACACAGUCGAAUGCGAUCCUUAUAUCUACAGAGUCAGAGCUGUUUUUCUUUUGUUUCUUGUUGCUUGACCAAAUAAAUACUUGACCGCUAUGAUUGCGUGUUUUCAUUUGAAUCCAUAUUGCUUUAUGUUAGUCGUCUUGUUUUUCUCUAGAAAUGAAGUUAGCAGAAAAUUUUAAGUUUUCUCCAGUAGUUUGCUAAAUAUAGGUGGCGUCCUAUUUGGCCAAAAGCUGGCAAAAAUUAGAUCUCCACCUUCAUGAAUAGAGGUAAUUAUACGUUUCUUCUAAAUGUCUUGGGGUUAAAUUCGAUUCAGAGUUUAUAUAGGUGUUAUCUGUGCUAAAACGUUGUACAAUAUUUUCGAAGGCAUUAACAAAACAGUUGAGUCGAAUUUUCAUUUCAUUAAUAGUUAAGAACUUCCAAUUUGAAUGUUAUUAAUUUUCAUUUACAUUUUUUGCUCAUUAUGGAAUACCUAAAAUUGCUUUUUUAAAUCGUCCCCACAUGCUAGAAGACGAUAUUUUUUUUUUCUUGAAGAUCUCAUUAACUAUUGCAAUAUAUUCCUACAGUGGAUGCAGCAUUGAUAAGCGGUGCGUACGUAAUUAAAGUGUAUACCUAAGCAUUUUAGUUCUUAUCAGGUAGAUUUACUUUGUAAAUAUAUGCUAUGUGUAGAAUCCUUUGAAUUAUAUUGGUUGAAAUAAUAGUCACUUCGUUCAUAUUGCCACUUUCGAUCCAUUGCGAUCAUCUCUAGUCGAUUUUUUCUUUGGCUUCAAUUUCAGCUUUUAACUUUCAGGUAUCUCUGAGCUUCUAAGAGUGUGAUAACCACCUCAUGGCCUGGUGUUUCUUUUACCAUAUGUAAAUCUUUUACCAUAACUUUCAGAUUUUUAAUAAAAUUUAAUUUGUGAAAAAUGUUAUCAAUUAGCGUACCAUUUUCUAGUGGUUCUGUUCAAACCUUUUGUAUUCGGGCCACCAUUGUAUUGUCAUAUUCACUGAUGUUUCUAUUGUUUCUAGUAUAUUCAUUUGAAUAUGUACCAUAAACAACUUAUCAAAAGCAGCAAUCUAGGGCUCCACACAUAUUCAUCAACCUUUUGGUGAAAAGAUUAGAACAUUUAGGACUUUCCUGGCUCGGAGACCUAUAAAUAAAAUUUAUUUUUCGUAGCCUAUCAGAAUUUAGUUUGACUGAUGCUCUUAACAAUUCGUGAUUUUUUCAUUUUUCUAUUUGUAAGUUUAUUUUAUGUGUAUUACCUUUUACAUAUGAAGCUGUUCUACCAGCUCUGUCCUUCGUUCAAAAGUGAAGAAACGGUUUUUAGCACGAUAUAUGUCUACAAGGCGAGAGUCUAUGAAUUCGUGGGACUGAAAAAAAUUGCGACGGAUGUUGUUGAUCUGCACCGAUGGUUCGUCUAGUAAAAUAAAUAUUAUUAAUAAUAAAAGUACAAAUAAACUAAUAUGCCUUUUACGCGUAAGGUAUGUGUAUAUGUUUUAGAAUUACUGGAUAUUAAUAUCGGAAUACAAGUUAGCUGCUGCAAGCUGUUUAAUAGCUGAAUGAUAAAAAAAAAGGCGGAUGUACUUAUCUCUUUGCCUGAUGCAUAGGAUUUAAUCACAGAACAACUGACCGACAGCGUUUUUGCUAUGGGUUUUCUUCAUUCAUAGAUGAAGAUUGAAUGCGUGGAAUCCCUUGCACCUGCAGAAGUUCCAGAUAUACCUGUUGGGACUCCCGUGGCGUCAGCGAGCGUUCCUAAACAUGGCCGCGGCAAUGCUCAUUCUUCGCCGUACCGAAAGAUCGUUGUCACGUGUGACACACGAGGCGCCGUGGAUCCGAAUCUCGUGCGGGUCGCUGUUAGUUCGUUCGUCAAAAAAAAGGUGAACUGCUUGGUCAAAGAAGACUGCAUUGUUCGUCUGCACUGGAAUGGAACCGACGUUAAUAGUCUAUUUCUUCGUGGCAUCGAACCACUCACGCCUCAGCAGACAUUGGAAUUGAGAGGCGCUGCCAGCUAUCAGAUCGAUGCUUUACACAAUCGGGGAUUCCCCGCCGGUCCAUCGGCUACUGCUCCCGGUGUACUACAACAAGCGAAUGGACCCACCACCUUGGCAAUUACGAUAGCCAGUUCAGUUCUUAAUGUCAGAUCGACGGCUCCCCGGUACACAGCGCCACGACAAAUUUUUCCUCGACCUGCUCUCAUUCGAAAUCCGGCGCCCCAAUUAAUCAACAUCCCAAUGAUAUCCAUGGUACCCGUUCGAUCCAGUCCGGUUACGACAAUAUCACAUGGUGUGCGUACAGCUGUAAGUGUCCCAAAAGUUAUUGAAACGAUUCUUCCGAGGCCACCACAACCUCAGCCAACCAUUCUUCGAUCACCUGCAAAACCUGUAAUUGUACGAACACCCGUUCAGAUGCAGGGAAGUGGUUCGAGCAGUCGUAGCUCCAUAGUUUCACUUCCAUCAGUGAACGUACAGGAGGCAUCGAUUUUGCCAGUCCCCAUUAGACUUCGCCCGGCUAUACCGCCAACUACCCCGGUGGUAACGCCAGUGACAGCAUCUCGGUUUGCCCUUCAUCCGGCAAAACCCGCACCCCCACCGAGACCUUCUGCCCCAUCUCCAGUCAUGGUUCGCUUUAAUGGACGCGUUCAGGCCGCGCAGCCGGGUCAGCUAAUCCGUCGAACAAAUGGCCAGAUUGUUCGGGUGAUGCCAAACGGAUCGCUUGAAGAGGUGGAGAUGCCAGUAACGAUACCGAAAAAGGUAUCUAUUAAAAGUAGCCGCGAGAAGCCUAUCUCGCUUGAUACAGAUAGCGAGGAUGAGCCAUCGUCACCAGCAAAGUCAUCGACACAAAAAUCGGACACACCCUUAAGGGAUUGCAAGCAGGAAUCAUCAUCGUUACCAGCGACAGGAUCAGCAUCGGGCGUGCUGGUGACGGCUAGCGUAAAACGUCGUGGUAAAAAACGAACCGGUAAACUACAAGUUGUCGAUCUUGAUGAUUCAACUAGUGGAACUGAGACGGACUCGACCGACAGCUGCGAGUUUAUUGGAGUUGAUGAAGUUGUAAAGCCCGGCUUUGAGCGAAGAUCCCAAAGAAUCGCUGCAACAAAGAGCAAGGCGAAAGUUGAUAAAGAAAGUAAUCAAUUAGCGUCUAUUAGGUUGAAUGAUUCAGUGAAGAAGGCGGAUAGUGCCGGGUUGACAACGGAGUCUGACCUCAGUGACAACAACGCUGAGUCAUUACCGCCAUCGAAACGGAAAACCGCCGAGGUUGAGGACAGUGAAAUGCUCCAAUACGAGUUUUUCAUGGGAUCUGAUGGAGUGGUUGAGCGAGUGCCGUUCAUUAAAGACCUUUCACUAUUACAGCCAGAUUUCAAUAUGACUGUUGGCGAUAAAGAAUUUUCGAAAGAAAUGAUAGAAGACAUGGUAGAGAAGGGAGUUCAGCAUAGCCUUCUCUAUGCUCCGCCGGAGAACUGCCGAUUAAUAUUUCGAGAUGCGGACGAAUUGGACUUCAUGGACACGGUCAUCGUCCAGGACGAUGGUGAGGUAAAACUUGAUCCCGAAUUAUACCAGUGCUAUAUGCAGAUCGUAUAUAAGGAGUUGUUAGCAGACCAUCGACUCUUCAAGGCCGAACAAUUAAGGAAACAGCAGUUUUUUAAAUCAGGACGGUUAGACAUGCCGGAUAGCUCAGCUGGCCUGGACAAUGUGAAAUCCGUUGCACAGUCUGUGGCCAAACCUCUCGUGCAGGCGCCAGUAGCUACGACGUCACCAACGAAACAAACAGCAUGUGUUUCGCAGAACCGCGCGCCAGCUGCGUUAGAGCCGUACGGAGUCGCGCCUAGCUCAGGAACCCAGAAAAAACGCGGCCGCUCAUUGAAACGACCUUCAUCACCUCUCAGCCGACCAGUACCAAAAGUUAAAGCGCUGCCGUUAAACAAAGGAGUUCCGCCAAUAAAGGCAGUUUCAUCAAGUAAGGUAGCCCCGCCUACAUACACUCAGGCAUCAGAUCCCGAGCGGCCCUAUUCAGUUCACUAUCUAGCGUCUAAUGGUAGUGUAAAAGUCGUUAAAACUAGAGAAGAGGUUCGAACGCGGCAGUGUUACGUCAUCAUGGACAAAAUCAGCGACUAUCAACUUGCUGAACAAAUUGCUCAGGACAGCGAGGGCAGAUUGAAGCUGCGUCAAGAGGAUGGAACAAAUCUCCCGCUGCAUAAGCUAUUUGCGGCACAAUUUAAAGAACAGCUGUACUACGACCACGAGCGUGGUCAAGUGGAUCCAGAACGGAAGCGGGGUUUUAAAUGGGACUGUGUGCUGCGACCAAUCUUUGAUCGCAAUCGGGGCGUCCGACAUCCUGUUCGUAUGUAUAGCUAUCGGCACCGUCCACAGGCCGAAAACGCUGCGUUGUUAUCAUCAUCAGAGUCAAUAUCUGCGCCUGUGAACACAACCUCAAGUAAAAAUACGACCUUUGAAGGCUCAUCGGAUCGCUCUGCUUCAACAGCAACGAAAGCUGCAGCAAGUUUGGUAGAUGUUUCUACUUCUACAUCCAUUCUUGUUGGGACGCCUAUAUCUAUUGUAGGUGCUACUACGGUUGCAGCUGUAGGCAGCCUUUCGACUGCAGCUUGCGGCGAGUCGCCAAACGAAUUAACGGCGACCACGACGGCGAAAUUCAACAUUCGGCCGUUAACAAUCGAAACACGAAAGAAAGAGAUUGUUUUCGGGGACAUUGAGGAUGACUACGUUGAUGUCGACGUGGUGGCUAAACCCCCAGUCGAGGAAGAUGACAGCUGGGAGGCUGGCACUUCAGAUGAGGAUUGGGAUAUCCAGGAUACAAGGAUAACACGAAGUCGAAAGCGACGGGUUAAAGCGAAUGCGAACCAUUCAUCUGCCGAAUAUUCACGAGUGCUCGUACAUGUUCCGGGGAAAAAUAAUGCAAAGCAUCGAUUUUUUCAGCCGGCGACGAAUAUCGCACCGUUACAUGAACCUUCAUUGUGAUAUAAACAUCUCUGUCAUGGAAAAGGCUUUUAGAAAAUAAGAUACAAAGUGUAGGGACAUUUUGAUGACGAUGAUGCAACUGUGGAUGCUAAUAGAAUACACAUGGCCAACGACGGAAGGCAAAAAUGUGUCUGUAAUUAUGUUGAGUGUCAAUGCAAUGAAGACCUGCUUGGUUUCAAAAAUGACCAUAACUAUAUCUGGUACAGACGCGGAGAGAAAAGAGUAGAGAGGCCCUUCCUGGACUAAUUGACUGAAAUUAUCGAAAUGAAUCGUAAAGCGAUUUAUUAGAUGAUCACGUGUAGAUUGUUGCUGGCUUUAUCACAUGCUUGCAUGUUCGUUCACUUUUUUUGUCUUUGUUCUGUGAAACUGCAACAAAAGAAAUGACCGAUGUUACCAAUGUCACUAUGUAUAUUAUUCCCCGCUUGUACAUUACAUCGAGUGACCCGAGUGAAAAACGUGUAUGCCUGUCACGUAAAUACUGUAUAUAUAUAUACAAGUAUAUAGGGCAAUAACUUGAUAUAGGGAAGAAGCUUGGUGCCGAUGCUGUCGGGUGCUCAUGAACACCAAAAAAGAUGCAUCAUGGAGUGAAUGUGGUGAGUCCGGCUUCCUUGUUUAGUCAUAGAAAACCUAUACGCAUAAGACUGUGCUAUACAUCUAGGAAUAUGCAUUACCUCAAGUUUUCUCUUAAAAUGAUAAAUAUAAUAUAAUAUACCACAAUCACCCUCGUUUGAAAAGUUGGCUGUGUAUUAAAUCCAAAAUGCAGUACAUACGUAAACGAAAGCGGAAUAAUGAAAUAUAAUUAAUAAAACAAUAUAAAGGAGGAUCUAUAAGGAAGGAACUAUUUUCUGUUAGUUGAAAAUUAG